UCCUAGGCAUAAGGGCGGCUCAGAGUUGCGUGACGUCACUAGCCGCUGUCAGAGUGGCAGGAGUCCCGCCCAGAUAGCAGCGACAGGUUAGCUUCCUUCGAGUGUGGGCGGCAGCGGAGCCCGGGUUGCGGUGUAUGUAGGGGCGGGAGAUUGGACGGCGGUCAGGACGUGUGUAACGUGACAGGACCGUUCCAUAAUCAAACCCUAUCGCUCACGUGUGGAGUGGACGCGCUCGCCUUCCUUUUCCUUCGUCUUUGGAACCAUUGGUGGCAGCCCCUCGGUGUUAACCGCGGCCCCUGCCACGGAGGGCGGCCAUGGACGAGCAGGCGGGGCCCGGCGUAUUUUUCAAUAACAAUAACAAUUCGCUGCUGUCCGCUGGUACCGGCCCAGGUGGUGCCGGGAAGGGGUUCGAGGCUGGCGCAGCAGAUGCGGCCUCAGUGGCCGGGGGAGGCGGAGGAGGAAGCGCUGGUAGGGCCCAAUAUAGUAUCCCUGGCAUCCUGCACUUCCUUCAGCAUGAGUGGGCUCGCUUUGAGGUGGAGAGAGCUCAGUGGGAAGUGGAAAGAGCUGAAAUGCAGGCUCAGAUCGCCUUCCUGCAAGGAGAAAGGAAAGGACAAGAAAACUUGAAGAAGGAUCUAGUAAGAAGAAUUAAGAUGUUGGAAUAUGCUCUGAAGCAGGAAAGAGCAAAAUACCACAAGUUAAAAUAUGGGACAGAAUUGAAUCAGGGAGAUAUGAAACCCCCAAAUUAUGAUUCUGAUGAAGCAAAUGAAAAUGAGAUACAGCCACCUCAGCAGAAUAGCCAGUUUAUAUGGAAACAAAGUCGACAGUUGCUAAGACAAUAUCUUCAAGAAGUAGGCUACACAGACACCAUUCUUGAUGUGAAAUCAAAACGUGUCCGCUCUUUGCUAGGCCUUUCUGCUGAUUCUUCAGACAGAUUAACAGAUACAAAUCAGGACUCCAUGGUUAAUGGAACAGAAACUGAACUUCCAAAUCCACUGGUCCUUGGAAAGCCAGAUAUGACUGAUUCUGCCUCUGUGCUUGAGACAUUUAAGUUUCUAGAGAAUGCUGCUGCAGAGUUCAGUGAUGAAGAAGAUGAAGAGGAAAAUGAAUCAAGAGAUAAAACAAUCAUAGAUUCGGCAACGAUUGUACGAAGAAGAAUAAUUCCAGAUUCCAAUGACGACACAGAGGAGGCACUGAAAGAGUUUGACUUUCUGGGAUCAGAUGAUAGUGAAGGAGGAGAAUCUCGAAGUGCUGGAGAUGGAACUGAAUGGGAAAAGGAAGACCAGUGUCCCAUAACGGAAUCCUGGAAUGUGGAUCAGGGAGUUAUAACCAAACUCAAGGAGCAAUACAAAAAGGAGCGCAAGGGGAAAAAAGGGGUGAAGAGGCCAAACAGAUCAAAAUUGCAAGACAUGUUGGCUAACCUUAGAGAGGUGGAUGAGCUGCCAUCAUUGCAACCAUCUGUCGUGUCAUCCUCAAGGCCUGCAAGUUCAAGAAUUAGUGAACAAGAAAUAAACCGCGCUGAUGAAGUGGAAGCAUUAACAUUCCCACCCUCAUCUGGGAAGUCUUUUAUCAUGGGAGCAGAUGAAGCUUUAGAAAAUGAGCUUGGACUUGGAGAGUUGGCUGGACUGACAGUUGCCAAUGAAGCAGAUUCUUUGACGUAUGAUAUUGCCAACAAUAAGGAUGCAUUAAGGAAAACAUGGAACCCUAAAUUCACAUUGAGAAGCCACUUCGAUGGAAUACGAGGACUGGCUUUUCACCCUUCAGAGCCAGUGCUUAUUACAGCGUCAGAAGACCAUACAUUAAAGAUGUGGAAUCUCCAAAAGACUGCUCCAGCAAAAAAGAGUACAUCCCUUGAUAUAGAACCAAUUUACACAUUCAGGGCACACAGGGGCCCAGUAUUGUGUGUAGUAAUGAGCACUAACGGGGAACAGUGUUACAGUGGAGGAACAGAUGGUGUUAUUCAGAGUUGGAAUACUCCUAACUCCAAUGUGGAUCCCUAUGAUUCCUAUGACCCUACUGUUCUGAGAGGAGCAUACGAGGGCCACACUGAUGCUGUUUGGGGAUUGGUUUAUAGUGCAGUGCAUCAGCGUUUAUUGUCAGCUGCUGCAGAUGGCACAAUACGAAUCUGGAAUGCUACUGAAGUCUCCCCUGCAUUAAGCAUAUUCAAUGAAAACCAAGAACUAGGAAUUCCUUCUUCUGUGGAUCUUGUAAGCUGUGAUCCAGCUCAUCUGGUAGCUUCCUUUAACAAUGGACAUACAAACAUCUUUAACAUGGAGACGCAUCAGAAAGUUUUAACAUUAGAAUCAUGCAUAGACACAGCUGUUAAUUCGACUUGCCAGAUAAACAGAGUAAUUAGUCAUCCAACUCUUCCAAUUAGCAUUACUGCUCAUGAAGACCGUCAUAUAAAGUUUUAUGAUAACAACACAGGAAAACUGAUUCAUUCAAUGGUAGCUCAUUUAGAUGCUGUCACAAGUCUUGCAGUUGAUCCAAAUGGAUUAUACCUGAUGUCUGGCAGUCACGACUGUUCGAUACGUUUAUGGAACUUGGAAAGCAAGACCUGCAUACAGGAAUUUACUGCUCACCGCAAGAAGUCAGAUGAAUCUAUUCAUGAUGUAGCAUUCCACCCUUCCAAAUGCUACAUUGCCAGUGCAGGAGCUGAUGCUCUAGCCAAAGUUUUUGUAUGACACCAUGUUCCACUGUAGCUUCUCAUUUAUUCGUCCAGCCACAUCAAACAGAGACCUGUUACUAAUGCCCGACGAAAUGACUUACCUGGCCUUCCCAACCCCCCUUGUGUUCGAUAAUCAGGAUAAGACGCAAAAACUGUAUUGCGGGUUUUAGUUUUUCUGGGUUCUGUUUUGUAAACUUAUGGUUUGUUCUGGGUGCUGUGAACUCAGCUGGUUCUUAGAGCCGUUGUUCUGUUUUUCUCAGAUGCCAUCUGAGCAGUAGAAGCAAAUUAUUUUUAGGAGUGAGUAUUUGUCCAGGCAGGCCUGGAUCAGACUUAAGUUCCACCAUAAACUGGGGUGUGGCUAGUGGGACAUAAACAAUGGCCAGUAAAGUGGCAAAUUAUCAUAACAAAUUUAACAGGAAUGUGUUAAUUCUUUUAUCUUUCUGUAAUAGCUCUAACAAGCCUGUUAAGUGAAUAAAUUAGGCCUAUGUUUUCUCCGACUAAUACGAUAGAUAUAUCCUUCUAGUUUGUGUCAUUGACUAAGAAAGUAUUUUCCCCUCUCAUCCAUUGGCUAUUUAGCAACAAGAAAAAUCAGUGUAGCAGUUUUACUUCUUUUUUUUUUUUUUUUUUUUUUUUAAUGUGCACCGUACACAGUAUGGAAUGUUUUGAGAAUAUAUUAUCUGGAAAUACAUAAAAUAAAUUAAUUAGAUUUUUUUUUUUUGGAAAAUAACAUCAUUUAUGAUUUGUCUUUGGAACAUCUGCCACAUAGUCUUUUAAUUAUUUUUGUUUAAAUACAAACCCAAUUCCACCUGUUAGCUUUUUAACUUAAAUAUUUAUUAAGAACAUUAAUAAGCUUUAUCAAGUCCAUUGACUUAACUUCUCAUUUAUCAUUUCCAGCUGUGUGCUUUGUCAGUGAGAAUAAAUAAAAUGUCUACUAUUGGUUCCUAAGGUAGGUUUCAUUUGAGACAAACCUGUUUUUUUUUUCAUUUGUGUUAAGCUCAUAUUUGUACUGCCAAACAUCACUGUUCUAAGUAAUGACAAAAUUAAACUGCAGUAUUUUUAAUUCUUCUAUUACAAUCAUUAGCAUGUCAUUUGAACAAUAUUUAAUGGCAGAAAGCUAAUCAUUAGGAUAGGUUUUCUUAAAUGGGCAGUAUGCCACAUUUUCCAGCAAUAGUUCCAAAAAUAAGACUUGGGCUAAACACGCUUUUUGCCUAGUGUUUUAAUUAACAAAUGUCUAUUAUUUCAAUAGACAAAAAUUAAUUUUGAAGACUGAAAUUGAAAGUAAGUUUCUAUCCUGGUUCCUAUUAUGCGAUUAAAACAAAUUACCAGUUGAAUGAGAUUCCCUCUGUAUAAACAGACCACUCCCUUCUACCAGCAGGAGUAGUUGUUAGUCGCUGAGUUAUUUUAACCACCUCCUAAGAACCCGGAGCUUAGAAUAUGACUUACUUUCCAUUUUAGUCUUUGGUCUGUUUAGUGCAAGAAAUAUCAAUCACCAUAAAUAUUUCUUAAAUAAACCAAUAGGCAAUAAGGGAUGUUCUGUUCAUUGCAAACCUUAGUCAUUAAUCUCAUGUUGAAAGAAGGGAUUUACCACCCUGGUAAACUUUUUCUCAGGGGCCUAGUCUGGGAAUCCGUUUCACCACCCAAAAAUUGGUUUAAAAUUAAUUAUGCAUUUCUUUUAUAUACUGCUCUAUGUCCUGCAAAAAAAUGUACUUUAUUAAAGCGAGCAUGGAAACCCAUAGUAAGCAAUAUAUGGACCUGUUUGUGGUCUCAACACAUAUAUAAGAAUACCUGUGUUACUGGUCAUGCAUAUUUCUGUAGUUAUUGCCACUUACUACAUAACUUAUUCUAACGAUCUUUGAUCUUUUUUUAACCUCUGAACUUUAUUAAAUGAAUGCAGAUCUAUUAAUAAGGCAACUGGAUGGUGUUAAAGGGGAUAUUCAUACUGAAAUGGUCUUGUAUGAUGGAGAUAAUGGUAUUUUAAGGAAUUUAACAUUUUGCAAGGUCCCACUAAGCCUAACCUCAACGCAGACGUCCAUGCAAUAUACCAGAGAGGACUUUUGUAGAUAAGAAAAGAAUACAACUAAAAAGUAGCCUAACAAAUUAUAUGCUUUUUAUGGGUGAUGUGCCCAUAAUGUAGCUCACAUCACACUAGUGAGAUGUACUGUAUGGUAGAGCAUACUUCAAACAAAUAAAAAUGAAGACCAGUUGCAGAUUGUCUGGAGUAUUACUGUAUACAUCAUACCACAUGUCAGGUGAACUUCCCCUUUAAGUACAUGAUCCAUUUGAUGACCAUUUCAUUUAAAUAUCAUGUCAUAUUAGAUACUGUGAAAUGGUUAAAUGCACUCUCUGCCAGUGCCUCUUAAUGUUUCUGCGAUAAAAAUUGAUUUCCACCUGCCUCUACCACCUCCCCUCUCUGCUUGUCCUAAUGGAUCCAGUGGUGUUUUAAACUGUAGGAUAAAUAUAGUUAUUUAUGAACUUGCCAUCAUAUUGGCUAACACACUGAUCUUUGUUGCACAGGCAUGCUCAGAGCUGUUUGGAAAAGUAUUGACUGCUCACAUAUAGUCUGAUAAUUGUGUAUUAAACUGCUAAAAAUAGCUAUAAGAAAUUGGAGAAAAAAUGUCACUGAAUGAACAGAAGACGAUGAUUCGUUUUAUAAUGUUAUCACUUUGUGGAAAGGACAAAAGUACAGUAUGUGGCUAUUUACUUAGACUUUGAAAUUGUGGAUUAUUAGUGUAUUUGACCUUUCUUUUGUUCUAUAUUUUUUUCAGUUCUUUCUUUCUAGACUAAGUCAUUGGAAAAAAAAAAGAUUUAUUUGAAAAUUCUAAGCGCUAUGUAUAUUAUAUAUAAAUAUAUAUAUAUAUAUUGUAAACAUAUAUUAAAUGUGUCUAGUAUGGGAUGACUCCAGGGGUGCAUUUUAAUCUUUUUGUAUUGAGUUCUUCUAAGUGAGUGUACACAACAGAUUCUGGUAUGGAUGUGAUAUUGAGUAUUUUGCUGUUACAUACUAUAUACAGUUACAGCUGUUUCAGUUGAUGUACAUACAUCUGAAGUUGGCAUGCUUGUUUUAAUGACUGUAAUAUUUAGUUAAUUAAAACCUGAAUGUAAGUAAAAA